CAUUUUAGACAUAACGAGCUUUCCUCUUUCCUUCUUCUCUCUUUCUAAGAAAUUAGCCACAUCACAACCUCAAGAAAAUUACACCAGCUACUAUACCAUAAAAAAUAUUUUUAUUAAUUAGUAGCUGCAGCACAACUUGUUCUUAUCAAAAUAUUAAUUAGAGGUAAGAACAAAGAAAUUAACCUGAAGAAAAAAUGGGAAAUUGCUGGCCUAAACCUGUUGAUAAUCUUCCUAGCUCUAAGAAGUUUUCUAGCCCUCCUCCAGUGAUCAAGAAACAUACGGCUGCUCCGGCAAGUAAUACCAAAAGGGCGGUGGUGGCGCAGCCUAGCGGAGAUGGCGGAGAUCAAUCGGAAAAAGAGGAAUUAGUACUGCCGGCGAGUGGGAAAAUUAUUACUCCAAACUUGAAAAUGUUUACACUAGCAGAAUUGAAGAGUGCAACGAGAAAUUUUAGACCAGAUACAGUUUUAGGAGAAGGAGGAUUUGGUACUGUAUUUAAAGGAUGGGUUGAUAAUAAAACAUUUGCUCCUUCUAAAGUUGGAGUUGGAAUUCCAGUUGCUGUUAAAAAGUCAAAUCCUGAUAGUGAACAAGGUCUCAAGGAAUGGCAGGCUGAAGUAAAGUUUUUGGGAAAAUUUAGUCAUCCAAAUCUUGUAAAAUUAAUCGGAUAUUGCUGGGAAGAAAAAGAGUUUCUGCUUGUAUAUGAACACAUGCAGAAAGGAAGUUUAGAAAGUCAUCUUUUCAGAAAAGAAGGUGCAGAAGCAUUGUCGUGGGAUACAAGGCUAAAAAUAGCAAUAGGAGCAGCUAAAGGUCUUGCUUUUCUACACACAACAGAAAAGCAAGUUAUUUACCGUGAUUUUAAAGCUUCAAAUAUUUUACUGGAUGCGGAUUACAACGCUAAGCUUUCUGAUUUUGGACUGGCUAAAAUGGGUCCAGUAAAUGGUGACUCACAUGUGACCACUAGAGUCGUUGGCACUUAUGGCUAUGCUGCCCCCGAGUACAUGGCCACAGGUCAUUUGUACGUGAGGAGUGACGUAUAUGGGUUUGGAGUUGUGUUGCUAGAAAUACUAACGGGCCGUAGAGUAUUGGAUCUUAAGAGGCCCAAUGGGGAGACUAAUUUAGUAGAAUGGGCCAAACCAAUGUUACCUGACAAAAAGAAGCUAAGGAAAAUAAUGGACCCAAGGUUGGAAGGACAAUACCCAUCAAAAGCUGCAUAUCAAAUAGCAGAAAUCAUACUACAAUGUCUUGAGCCUGAUCCUAAAACUAGACCUUCUAUGGAAGAGAUUUUGGAGUGUUUAGAACAAUGUAACGCGAUCAAGAUGAAGCCGAGAGAUAAAAAUGCCACGCGUGCCCACGAUCAACGAUCGGGAAAUCAUCGUAAUCAAAACAAUUACGGGCAUCGGUCACCUCUCCAUGUUAAGAAAACAGGUAGCGGUAAUGUAAUUGGAAACCAAGGCCGUCAUGCUGCCAUCAAUCGAAGCUACUGAAAUUCGAUAGGGUUAUAUGGCUCGUUACAUGAGACCUUUAUAUUAAGCGUUGACAGAAAUUAUAAACAAAUAUUUGUAGGGUCAUUUUCUUCGAUUCAAAUUGUAACUUGUUAUGUUGUACAAUUCCCUCGGUCCGAAGGUGGACAAUACGAAAGAAAUUGAUAUGUGGGCUUGUAUACACUAUAGGCCCAAUCCAACUUUAGACCAAUGGAGGCCCAAUUUAUCAGCCCAUUUAAAUGGGCCCCUGAGACCUGUUGGUACUUUGAAUUGGUCUUACAUAAUCAUGAAAAAGCUGGCAUAUGUCUGUAUCAGACUGAAUGAUAGUCAACAUCAAGAAAAGAAUGGACUUCUUUUUUUCCUUUUUGUAACUUCUUUUUUGUACUGACUAGAUAUGAUUGUAUUGCUUUUGUCUGUAUAUUUUUAAUUUUUGGAUUCAUUUUGUAGGGUGAUCAUUUUCAUUUUUCAUGUAUCAUGUUCUUAAGGUCAAUAUUGAUUUGCCUUUUGUUA